AUGACCAUUCCAAGAUCAUCCAAAGAAAACUCAUCAUCAUCAACUACUAGUUCUGAAUUUGUCAAGGUUUCAUCUCCAAUACCUGUAUCUUCACACAAGAAAUUCGACGACCGGCACCGCCGUUCUCUAAGAAGAUCAUCCAGGUUUGAAAAACAAUCGAUUAGAUUAAGACGUGGGAAGAGUUCAAUCAUCCUCAAUCUCCUAAGUAAAAGAACACAAAGUGAAGAUGGUCAGGAUGAAAACGAUGAUGUCGACGAUGAUAUCAACCCGCGCCGUAAAAGAAUACGGAAACAGCUGAUUUCUGGUGACAAUGACCAGGUUAUGUUAAUGUGUAACUCAUCGGAUACUUCAUCUCCAUCUUAUAGUUUCUUUACUAAUCAGUCAUCAUUUGAUUUGUUUUACGAUACUACUGAUAUCGACUCGAUAUCAGCGGAUUCUACUAGUUUUUUCUUGUCUGUUGACGGGUCGAAAAUAAACCCUAUUGAAGAUGCAUGCUUGGUCCUCCAUGAAUCGUCAGAAAAUCUUGUUUUGCAAGGGAAAGAAGGUGCGACGUCAACAGACAAGGAUGAAAUUGUUGUUUGGUUAGUGAACUCACCUAAAAGCAGCACAAAUGACUUGGUGCAAGUUGGUUCUUCUUCAGAUGACAUAUUGAGCCAUGUUCUGAAUUCUAACGAGACUUUAUCGAAGACCGCUAAUGAUAUACAGGAAGUCGACACCGAUGGACCUCUCUUCUGGCCUUCUGAGCGCAAGCUGGAUUGGUCUUCCAGCGAUAAAUGGGAUCUUAUUGUUAUUUCGCCGCGCAAGAACGGUGAUAUUGUCAUAUCAUCUCCACGCAAAAACGGUGAGAUUGUCAUUUCACCACAUAAGAAUGGUGAGAUUGUCAUAUCGCCUCGCGCAAAUGGUAAAAUAGUCAUCACUCCUAGGAAAAAUGGUGAUUUAGUUAUUACCCCGCGAAGAAAUGGAGGUAAGCCUCAAGGUACCAGUGGUUUAGCUCGGUCGAAUUCAUCGGUAAGAUUUAGCUUCAACAAAAGAAAAACUGAGGUAAAAGUUGACGAGCCAAAGAAAAAGAUUUUAAGCAGAUCAAAAUCGGAAGUAAGUGCAGCUCAAUUGGAGGGAAAAACAAAAGCUGAGAACAAAAUGAAGAGCAAGUUACUUGAGAUAAUUAAUGAGAACAAUCCGUUUUUUGGUGGCUUAUUAGAAGAAAGUGAUUGUAUAGUGCCGAGUAACGAUUUUUCGAUCGAGAAGUUGGUUGGUCUGGAUGAAUUUGACGGACAUGAAGGUGUUGAAGGAAACAACGGCAACAAAGGGGACUAUUUCUUUCUUGAUGUUACGACCAAUGGGUUAUCGAGAAGUAAAUCGAAUAUCUUGAAAUACAGUCGGAGCUCGUCGCAGAAGGUACGGUCUGAACGAAAGAGAUCCCGUGGUACAUAA